AUGGAAACACUUGAGAAUACAUCCUGGAAACACCAGCAGGAAAUGGAAGACCCACUGAAGAAAUACCUGAACAGCACCGAAGACUACCUGACCUUCCUCUGUGGACCCCGACGCAGCCCCCUCUCCCUCCCCGUGUCUGUGGUGUACGCUCUGAUUUUUGUAGUGGGGGUCGUUGGCAACCUCCUGGUGUGCCUGGUGAUCCUGCGGCAUCAGGCUAUGAAGACACCCACUAACUACUACCUCUUCAGCUUAGCUGUUUCCGACCUCCUGGUCCUACUCCUGGGGAUGCCCCUGGAAGUCUACGAAAUGUGGCACAACUACCCCUUCCCGUUUGGGCCCGUGGGCUGCUACUUCAAGACAGCCCUCUUUGAGACCGUGUGCUGCGCCUCCAUCCUCAGUGUCACCACAGUCAGCGUGGAACGAUACGUGGCCAUCCUGCAUCCCUUCCGCGCAAAGCUGGACAGCACCCGGCGACGGGCCCUCCGGAUCCUCGCCGCUGUCUGGGGCUUUUCCAUCCUCUUCUCUCUGCCCAUCACCUGCACCCAUGGCAUCCAGCUCCGCCACUUCCCCAACGGGUCCGUGGUCCCGGGCUCUGCCAUCUGUGUAGUCAUCACGCCUAUGUGGAUCUACAAUUUCAUCAUCCAGGUCACCUCCUUCCUCUUCUACAUCCUUCCCAUGGCUGUCAUCUGUGUCCUCUAUUACCUCAUGGGCCUCCGGCUGAAGAAAGACAAAUCCCUUGAGGCAGAUGAAGUGGCUGCAAAUAUUCAAAGACCCUCCAGAAAAUCAGUCACCAGAAUGCUGUUUGUCUUGGUCUUAGUGUUUGCCAUCUGUUGGACUCCAUUCCACAUUGAUCGUCUCUUCUUCAGCUUUGUGGAGGAAUGGACAGAAUCCCUGGCUGUGGUGUUCAAUCUUGUCCAUGUGGUAUCAGGAGUCUUCUUUUACCUGAGCUCAGCUGUCAAUCCCAUUAUCUACAACCUACUGUCUCGCCGCUUCCGGGCAGCAUUUAGGAAUGUAAGCUCUUCCUUCUGCAAAAAGUGGCACUCCCAGCAACACGCACAGGGGUCACUUACCCAGCGGAACCUCUUCCUGACAGAAUGCCACCUUGUGGACCUGACAGAAGAUGCAGGUCCCCAGUUCCUGUGUCAGUCAUCCACCGGCAACUCUCACCUCUCCACAGCCCUCUGCACUGCACAGGUACCAUGAAGGAACUAUCAAA